CUUGUUCAGCACCCAAAGUCGAAGGAAAGCUCUGGCCUUUCAAUGGACGAAAGUGCUAGAUUUGUCAGUGUUGUGUAAUAUAACCAAUUCUCAGUGUCCAUAUUUGUUUUGGAGCGAUCGGAAUUGCCUGCAUUUAAUGUGAGAGACAGAACUGGCGUCAAUCAUGCGUAAAAAUCAACGCUAUCCAAGCAGGGAACCACCGAGAAAGGAAUUAUCGCCACUCAUCUGAGGCCAAUCUCGAUUAUUUUUGUCAAAUAAGGAAACAUAACAUAGUUAGCUAGCUAACGUUAGCUCCGUAGAUAGCUAGGUUAACGGCACCUCUUCACUCAAGAGCAGAAUCCCGCAGAAAAUCAAGAUUGGAUCUACAUUCGCAUAACAACAGGAAAACCUAUAGGCAGCAAUGGGUGCAUUCCUGGACAAACCGAAGACUGAGAAGCAUAGUGCCCACGGUGAGGGCAACGGGCUGCGCUAUGGCCUGAGCUCCAUGCAGGGCUGGCGGGUGGAGAUGGAGGACGCACACACAGCUGUGGUGGGCCUCCCCCAUGGACUCACCGACUGGUCCUUCUUUGCUGUCUACGACGGCCACGCCGGCUCCCGGGUGGCCAACUACUGCUCUGGCCACCUGCUGGAACACAUCUUGUCGGGAGGGGCUGACUUUGGUUCGGGCCCCUGCUCCGUGGAGGGUGUGAAGGACGGCAUCCGCUCAGGCUUCCUGAACAUUGACGAGUACAUGCGCAGCUUCGCGGACCUGCGGCAGGGCCUGGACCGCAGCGGAUCCACAGCCGUGUGCGUGUUGCUUAGCCCCACCCACCUCUACUUCAUUAACUGCGGCGACUCGCGGGCCGUGCUGAGUCGAGACGCCAAGGUGGGCUUCUCCACCCAGGACCACAAGCCCUGCAACCCACGUGAAAAGGAACGCAUCCAAAACGCCGGAGGCUCGGUCAUGAUUCAAAGGGUCAACGGCUCCCUGGCUGUGUCCCGGGCCCUGGGGGACUACGACUACAAAUGUGUGGAUGGUAAGGGCCCCACGGAGCAGCUGGUGAGCCCCGAGCCCGAGGUGUGUGUUUUGGAGCGGGCGGCUGAAGGAGACGAGUUUGUGGUGCUGGCAUGCGACGGCAUCUGGGACGUCAUGUCCAACGAGGAGCUGUGUGAGUUUGUCCGCUCACGACUAAUGGUGUGUGACGACCUGGAGAAGGUGUGUAACUCAGUGGUGGACACCUGUCUGCAUAAGGGGAGCAGGGACAACAUGAGUGUGGUGCUGGUGUGUUUACCUGGCGCUCCCAAGAUCUCAGAGGAGGCUGUGAAGAAAGAAGAGGAGUUGGAUAAGUUCCUGGAGACACGUGUUGAAGAGCUGCUUGGAAACUGUGGAGAGGCUGGAGUCCCUGACCUGGUGUCUGUCCUGAGGAGCAUCGCCUCAGAGAACAUCCCCAACCUCCCACCAGGGGGGGGCCUGGCCAGCAAACGGAGCGUAAUCGAGGCGAUGUACAACAAGCUGAACCCUCACAGAGAAGAGGAAGGGAGCGCCGGCGAGCUGGAAGACCCCUGGUAGCCGUGGCGACGACCCCAUCCCCACUCCCCUUUUCCCCCCACCGUCUCCUCCUGGCGAUCGGUGCGUCCAACCCCAGAGGAGGAGCGUCUCUUCCACCGCGCCAUGUCUUUCUCCACUUAAAAAAAAAAAAAAAAACUAAAAAAAAAUAAAUAAAUAACAAACACACAAAAAAAAAUCAUAAAAACAAGGACAUGUGUGCGUUGGAGUGCGUGAGUGUGCGUAUGUUGGUUGUGCAUGUGUGUGUGUUUGCAGCAGUGGGACAAAAAGACGACAACCACGACAACAACAACAACAAGUACACACACGCUUUAAACCUGGAGGAAAAAAAGAAAUCACUUCUCAGAUAUGUCGAGAUUUUACGAACUGAAACAUUGUGAUGGUAGAGAUGAUUUUUACCAUUCAGAUGUUUGUUUUUUUUUGUUUUUUUUUUCUUGAAUGUUGACACGUGACUUCACAAUGACAUACAUGAGGACCUAGUGUGUGUGUGUGUUUGUUUGUUUGUUUGUGUGUGUGUGAGAGAGAGAGACAUCGUGUGAGUGUUUUUGAAGAGGGCCAAGAGAAGACGAAUAGUGGACAAAACAAAAAGACUAUGUAAAUCUUCUCCUGGACUUUUUUUUUUUUUUUUUUUUUUUUUUUUUGGGUGUGUUUGCCUUCUCUCGGGUCCGGUAAUUGCCUAACAAACCCUCGCUUCUUCUCCCCUCUUUAAAGACACACAAUCUCUACUACACACAGACACACACAAACAGACACGCCCAUCCAAUCCAUCAUUUCCCUCCCACUUCCACCUGUGCACGUAUGUGAUGUGCCACCAUCGAUCGCCGGGCACUGCAUGAGGACUUCUUCGGUUCUACAUGUACAGCUACGUGAUUUUUUUUUUUUUUUUUUCUACUGGAGCAGGAGCGGACAGCCAUUGGUUAAACCUGACUGAAGCUGAAAGGACCUCUGGACUCUGAUUGGCUCCUGCCCCCGCCGUGUGAGAAGUGGAUGAUUUUCCUAAUUUUUUUUUUUUUUUUUUUCUUCUUUGUUGAUUAGGAUGACGAUGAUAAUCACGAUGGGGGGGCAAAUGGGAGGUUAAGUAGUUCACCGAAGAACCGAGCGCAAGUUGGACUCAUGGAAAUUCAAUUCGGGCGGAAAAAUGUCGUAUUGGCGGCGGAGACAGCGGCGGUGGUGGGAGGGGUGUUUUUGGCAUCCUACCAUCCUCCUCCUCCUCAGCGUCACAGUUGGACUGUCCUGACAGAGGGAAGGUUUUUCUUUCUUUUUUUUUUUUUUUUUUUUUUAAUGUUGUCCAUGAGGUUACUAGCUGCUCGCUGUGUAGAGUGAGUGAACUCCCUGUUUUAACCCUGUUCCUGGUUCUCAGACUGCAUUGAUAAUGUUUGUAUUGCUGUUGUUUGAUUGCACUCACAUUUGAUUACAGAAAGCGUCUAUAUAUGAAAUAAAAUACCUGCCAAGGA